AUGAACCUUAAAAUAAUCAACGCCUAUGGUGGUAUGCUGAGGUACACAGUGCAGUUUGCCCUUAAGCCCAAUGUGCAGCCCAUGAGCAUUAGCCAAGCUGAUGUCCUAAUCAGUGGCAACAACAUGACCAUAGCCCACUACAGUGAAUCUCAUCCUUCUCCUGGUGUAUCUCUCAGUCUACAGGUGCCACUUGUCCAGUACAAUUUUGUUCAUUAUGGAACCAAUUCACCAAUAUCCAGAGAACAGUUUAUGAUGAUCCUCACUAGCAUAGAGUCUCUACAGAUCAGGGCAUCCCACUACACUUCAAUGACAGAGACAAGCCUAUCAGAUGUGUCCCUGGAGGUGGCGUCAGAAAGUGGAACAGGCAGUCUGGCCAACAGUGUUGAGAAGUGUCAAUGUCCACCAAACUACAGAGGAUUGUCUUGUGAGGAAUGCUCACCUGGCUAUUACAGAGUUCGCACCCCACCAUUCCUGGGUAUUUGCCUUAAGUGUAAUUGUAACGGACAUUCAGACACCUGCGAUGUGGAGACUGGAGAAUGCUUUAACUGUCAAGAUCAUACCACUGGGCCACAUUGUGAACAAUGUUUGGCUGGUUACUAUGGUGACCCAACCAUUGAAGGAUGCCAGAUAUGCAGUUGUCCUCUCCCAAUUCUCUCCAACAACUUUGCAACCAGUUGUGUGGUCAAUGACUAUGAUGCCACUACAGUAUGUUCCUGCCUGCCUGGCUAUGAUGGACAGACUUGUGAAAGGUGUGCCUCUGGUUACUAUGGCGACCCAUACCAACCAGGCAGCAACUGCCAACCGUGCCGGUGCAGUGGCAACAUUGACGUGAAGAACCCUGACAGCUGCGACAGGUUGACUGGUCAGUGUCUGCUGUGUCAGAACAACACGGCUGGCGAGACGUGCAAUUACUGCAGGGACUGGUACUUUGGGGAUGCUGUCUACCGCAAAGAUUGUCAAGCUUGUGCUUGUGACACCUGUGGAACAGAUAAAUGCGACAGGGACAGUGGUGCCUGUCUGUGUAAGGACAACGUUGAGGGGGCUCGAUGUGAAAAGUGUGCUGAGAACACAUGGGGCUAUGACUACUGUACAGGCUGCAAACCUUGUGAGUGUGGAGUUGGCUCAGUCACUGGCCAGUGUAACUUACAAACUGGCGUGUGCUCUUGUUUACCUGGCGUUGAAGGAGAAAAAUGUGAUAAAUGUAAACCUUACCACUGGAAUUAUGGGAUAAACGGCUGUCAAGCUUGUGACUGUCUGAGUAAUGGGACAGUUGGAUGUGAUGCUGAAACUGGCAAAUGUCAGUGUCUGCCAGGUGUGACUGGGGAUCAGUGUGACAGGUGCCAGCCCAGAUGGGUGCUUGUCCCCAACAGGGGGUGUCAAGAGUGUGACUACUGUGUUCAUUUACUAAUGGAUGACUUGGACGUCAUGGCCAAAAAUAUGACAAUCAUCAGCCGUGAGUUAGGGGAGGUCUCUGUUGGCGCUGGUGCCUACAGUCAACUGUCACACUAUAACAAAAUAGUUGCAGAUUAUAGACCUCAGGUAGAUAACAUGUCCUAUCUGACACCUGAGAGCAUCAAAGAGCAGGUCAAUGACCUUAAUAUCAGCGCUGCAAUAGCCCUGAUCAACGUCAAGACAUUCCAAGGCACGGCUGAUGUUAAUAUGUAUGAAGCUAAGGAAAUUCCUGGAUCCAUCCAAAAUCUGACAAAAAGUUCAGCUAAUUCUGAAGCGAGUUCUAAAGAGUUCCAGAAAUAUGCUAAGGAAACUGUGGAGUUCAUACAAAAUGUGGGUACCACCAUGAUGGAAACUUCUACAAAUCGCAACAAUCAAAAAGUUUUGGAAGAUUCUGAAAGGAUCGUUACAGAAAUUAGCGGACUUGACUUUGAUGCCCAAAAUAAGUCCUCCUAUCUAGAAGCUGAAGCAGCCAUGAAUGCUUCAGAAGAUGUGAAAAAGCUGAAAGCUGAGGCUAUGAUGAAUGACAAUAAAACAUCUGAGUACCUCACUACCAUUAAUGACAUCAGUUCUAGACUUCGUGAUCUGCUCAACAAUAGUCAGUAUUCAUCCCAGGAAGCUGAAAAUGCCAAGAACACAAUCAAGCGUCUAAAAGCUGUGCAUUUGAACAAACUUAAGCAACAAGAAACUGCAUUUGACCAACUGACUCAAGAGAGGGUGGUCAGCAUCAAGGAAGCUGAUGAACUGCUCACUGAGGCCAACAUGAAGCUGGAUGGGGCUGAAAAGUUUGUUGAGGGAAUAAAUAAUGAGACAGCCAACUUAAAUGGGAACUUACCAAACUUAAAUGGAUCAGUUGAGGCCCUUGGGGACUCUCUCAUGCCCUCAUCAGAAAAAGUCAACAAAAGUUUAGUGCACUUACAGAUGCUGAAACAGCAAGCUGAAACAUUUCAAAUAGUUGAGUAUGACAGCAAAAAUACUGAAAAUGCUCUAGAGGCUGUCAAAGCUUAUAAGACUAUAAUAAACAACAUUGAGGAGGCUCAGAUGAAAGCAAACUCAGCAGUAGUGGACUCUCCUUUAUUAACAAUAAAUGAAUUUGACGUGACACCCACCCUUGAGAAAAGUGAAAUGCUGGCCAAUGAAUCAGAAGAACAAACUGCACAAAACAGAGAUUUGAAUGAAACGUUGAAGUCUGCUAUCAACUCUGUGAAUAUGGCUGAGAAAAAAAAUGCAGAUGUUGACAAACUUCUGAAAGUUGUGCUGGGAGAAUUAGAAGAUAUUCAAAAAAUAAGCAGUGGCAAUGAAUCUGCUGCAACUAUGCAAAUAGUCUCAGAUGUCGCUGCCAAAGUGGAUGCCAUUGAGAAACUGAGUGAGCAAGUAAAUGAAGACAAGUUGAGCAACCAGCUAAAGAAAGACUUUAUCCUGCAAAACAGACCUAAGAUCCUUGGCGACAUGGCUCAAAUAGAACAGAACAUAAAUUUAGCCAAUGAAAGUAUUCCUGAAGUACAGUCACUGCUGAAUAAUUUGACCCAGAGAUCUGCAUCACUUUCUAAAGAAAGCAGCGACCUGACUUUAAGUGUGGAACUGUUGAGGAGACGGAUAGAGGAAGCCAGAGAUGAAGCCAAGCGAAUUAAAGUUGGGCUUUCCUUUUUGGGCAACACAACUGUCACCCUGCGCAGCCCACCAGAGCUGGAAAACACAGCUUCUAAAACCAAGAUCUCCUUCACCAUCAAAACAAACAGUACUGAUGCCUUGUUAGUGUACAUUGGUCCAAACACACUUUCUCAACCAGCUCAACCCAGACAACAGAGGUCAGUUCAAGGAAAGAUGGACCCCGACUUUAUGGCCCUGGAGCUGAAAGAGGGCCGCAUUUUGUUCACCUACAACUUGGGCUCUGGAUCAGCCAGGAUUCACAGUGACAUACAAGUGAACAAUGCAGAAGUCUACAAAGUUAUAGCUGAAAGGAUUGGAAAAUCUGGCAACUUAACCGUCUUCUCCAACAAAACAAAAGAAGUUGUUGUAACUAAAGGCUCUUCUCAAGGCCCAUAUGUUGUUCUGGAACUGGAUCCAGCUAAAACUCAUUUCAUGCUUGGUGGAGUCUCCAGUAUGGUUCAGAUUCCACAAGAACUGACAACACGCUUCUUCUUUGGUGAAAUACAACACCUUAUGUUUGAAGAAAAACAUUUAGGGUUAUGGAACUUUGCAGCUGGAGAAAAUAACUACCAUGGAGUUAAACAAGAGAUUGUGAUUUUACCUGAUUAUAAGCUGCAAGGUGUUGCUUUUGAUGGCCAGGGUUAUGCUGUGUUUGAGAAUAAACAUAAUACUGCAAACCGCACAAGAGCAACGUUUACCAUUAAGACAUUUGCUGAAGAUGGCCUGAUACUUUAUAUGGGUGGAGUUAGAGAUUUCUUGUCAUUAGAAAUGCGCAAAGGAAAAUUUUUCUUUCAAUUUGACCUGGGUGGAGGUGUGUACACACUAGAAACACAGAAUACUUACAACAAUGGGAGAUGGCAUGUCAUCUACAUUGACAGGAGCUUGAAGACAGCUGUUGUCAAUAUUAAUAACAAGGAAGAAGAUUUGAAAAUAUCUGCUGAAGGCAAUUUGCAGACUUUAGAAACUGGACGAUUAGCCUUCAUCGGUGGACUGGACUUCUUCAAUAUGACUCAUCCAGUGACUAAAACAGGUUUUAAAGGUUGCAUGAAAGACAUCACACUGGGCAACAUCCCAGAGAACCCACUGAAGAGUGGCAGAUCAAAGGGUGUACAAGAAGGGUGCAUACUUGACAAGAAUAGUGCCUCCUUCAUCAGUAGCAGGAGUAGCUACGUGGCAUUUGAUGAGGUCAGUGUGGGCGAGACAUUUGAGCUGACCUUCAAGAUGAAAACCACAGAACCAGAGGCUCUGCUCGUGUAUGUCUCUGACAAGACCCAGACCAACACCUUGGCAGUUUCUGUGUUUAACGGUAUGAUUGUGGUUACCCAAGAACUGGGUGCUGUGCCAGUAAGACUAAACAGUAAAUCUUCCUCCUACAAUGAUGGUAGCUGGCACUAUAUACAGAUUAUAAAGGAAAGAGAAAGACUGACGCUGACUGUUGAUGAUAGAGAAAUUAUUCAAGAUUCAAGCGACUCAGUAGAACUUAUAACAAACACCAAGGUGUAUUUUGGUGGAGUAGCCAGUGACUACACCAUAACCUCAACAGUAGUCCCAACCAAACUCAGUUUAACUGGCUGCAUAGGGGACAUAACUAUCAAUAAAAUGUAUUAUGGUUUUGAAAAUGCUGAGUACAAUGGCAUAACCCUUGAUUGUCCAACAGAAAAAAUUGAUGAGACCAAGAUAGAAAGUGACGUACCUGUGGUAUGUAAACUACCUCAGGUGGGGAGUACAGAAGAUGAGAAAGGGGAGUUCAUUGGCAAAUGCUUUGGAACAGAAAGUCGACAGGAAUUUGGGAAAUAUAAAUCACAUCCUAGCCUUUCAACAAUAGAAGUGACCUUUAAAACAGAGGCAGAAAAUGGCUUGAUUUUGUAUAGUGCUGAUCAGAAGCAUGUUGAUUUUCUGGCCAUAUACAUUGCUAAUGGAUCUGUGUAUUUUGGAUUUAAUUGUGGUUCUGGUACAGCCAAGGUCAAAUCUCCUAUACAAUACAAUGAUGCUCAAUGGCACAAGGUAGUAGCAGAGAGAAACCGGAAUAUUGGGACUCUGUUUAUAGACGGCAACCAGGUUGCAAGUGGCAGAAGUGGGGGCAAAGCUCUUUCACUAAAUACAAUAGAACCCAACUACAUUGGAGGUCUACCCCAGGAAAUAAGAAAUAAAACUUUUAAAAACAUUGGGGACUACCAUGGGUUUGAUGGUUGCAUGACCAACAUAUCCUUGUACAAAGGUUUUGCAGAAAAACCAAAAGUAGAAUUUAAUGUCACAGAAAGCUACAGCAGUGAAGAAUUAGGCACUUACUUUGGCUCAAGUGGGGGCCGGGUUACUCUAAUUGACAAGUUCAAGGUUGGGAGGGACUUGAACAUCUCCAUGGAGAUCAAACCCAGGUCAGCUAAUGGAGUUCUGUUGGCAGUCCAUUCAAAUACAAGUGACUAUCUUAUUCUCCAGUUGGUUGCAGGAGAGUUGAUUUUCACAGUUGAUAAUGGGGCUGGGGCAAUAUCAACCAGCUACAGGCCUCAAACAUCUGACUAUCUCUGUGAUGGGGAAUGGCAUAAAAUCCAAGCCUACAAAGAUAGACAUAUAAUCCGCCUGUCUGUAGAUGGCGUCAGACCAACUCAGGUUCAAAGUUCGCGCCCUGAUUCAUCCUCUGUAGAUACAUUUGAUCCUCUUUACAUUGGUGGUGUACCUGAUGGGAAAGCCAAGGGAAUUAUUACAACAACACAUUACAUAGGAUGCAUCAGGUUACUUGCCCUGAAUGAGAGGGUUCAGAGCAUCAAGAGAGGCAGCGCAGUGGGUGAUGUAAGGCUUGGAGCCUGCCCCAAGAGAUAAUUUCAGUGCAUUGAUCAUAGGGCAUUUUUUAUACUAACAGCAUAAUUACAUUCUAUUUUUAACAGAACAAUGCUUGUGCAGCAAUGACACCAAACUUUGAAAUGAUGAAAAAUAAAAUAUGUGCAUUAUAUUUUAAAACUUUAUCUGAUUAUACUUUCAUUUGAACACCAUCAGUAUUAAAAUAAUUGUGUUGUAUAAGUUAUAUAUAUAUAUAUCUAAGUAAUUUUAAAUUUAAAAAGUUAAGUGUUACUAUAAAUAUAUGCAACAAAAAAAAUGUCAGCAAUAUUUUUCAAAUAUAUAUGCCCAAGAAAAAUUUUGUAUCAAUAUUUUAAAACUUCUAGUCACCUAAGCAUAACUACCUCCAAUACAAGUGUUCUUGAGGAAAGCAUAAUAAUUUUUACAUUUAGAAAUCCUUUACUCCCAUAAUGAUAUGGUUUUAUUUAAUGUUUCUGUUAUUUCUUUUUUAUACGCUCUAAGUGCCUUUGUAUUUCUAUCUUAAUAUUUCUAAAUACCUACAAACUGUUCUGUUUUUUGGCAUGACCAUGUCCAACUUAAAUUUUAAAUAAUGACUUAAAAGUACUCAGUUCACUAAAGCUUGUUUGUUUGAGAAAGUAUCUAGUCACCAAAAAAACAAUCAAUAUGAUAACCUACAAUAUGUUUUUCAAUUUUCUAAUAAAAGCAAUUGUUUACAUCUCAACUAAAUAUAUUUUUAAAAGAAAUUUUCUUUUAACUUCCUGGUUUUCAUAAUUGAAUUUUUAAAUCUGCCAAUUAUAAGAUCAUUUACUACAUUGUAAUAGAAAUAAAAAGUGUAAAUCAAUAAUUAAAUUUCUUCACCAGCUUUUUCAUGUAACUUUUACAACCUGGGUUAACUUUUUAGGCCACAAUUUCUUCCUUGUACUCUUUUUCUUUCUUUUUUUCUCUUACUUUAAUACUUUAUACUUAUUAAUUGACAUUGAAUUAUAGUGCAAAAUGGUAACAUUAUUUGAAUUUUAAAAUUCAGUAAAAGAAAGGUAACAUUUGAUCAGACAUCUUUCGAAUCAUUUAAAUAUAUGACUUAUAUGUGGGUGAAAUUUUUAAAAAAUUGUUACAUUUGAAGCUGUUUGGGUCUGAGUUAGCUGUCUAGACUAGGUCUAAUCUCUUUAGGUUUAAUGCUGUUAUGUUUCUGUACUGCUUUAAGGUGAAUACUGCUAGAUUAGUUCCAACAUCAAACUACGAGAUUUUCAGUAUUAAUUUAAUCUAUCUAUUUAUUUCUACAUUUAUUCAUAAUAAUUAUUGUAUACAUAAUACGCUUUUGGAAACCAUGUAAUAUCGGGUACAUACAAUUUUCAGGUUUAUUUAACAUAUUUUAUUCCAAAAUAUAAUUAACAGUAUUAGGUCAUUAAAAUUCUUACUGUAUUAUUUUAAUUAAUUAACAACCUUGAUUUAAACCUAGUAAAAUGUACUAGAAAUAUAAUGGCAAUAAAUCAUCUUUGGUUGAA